CGUGAUCGCCACGCAGCCUAUGCAAAAUAGGUGGGCAGACAGGUGCGAUGGCGAUAGACGUCGGUCCCCGUGAUUGGCGCCCGGAGAGCGAUGGGCGUGGCCCACCUGCGGGGUUCGGCGGCCUUUGCGGCCCAGCGGUCAGUUUGGUCCGGGAGGACGGUGCGAUGGGGCGCGCGAAGAGUCUGGCGCUGUUGGUCACGUGGGCACUGGCCGCACUGGCGGCCGCAGAGUCGCCGCCAGACCAAUGCCGGGCGCCCAAGAGGGUGGGCCCUUGUCGAGCAUCUUUCCAUCGGUGGUGGUACAAUGCCACAAGCCAAGCAUGCCAGGAAUUCAUUUUUGGGGGUUGCCAAGGCAACGGCAACAACUUCAUCUCUGAACAGCACUGCUUCGUGACGUGUAUCUCAGGUGGGGCAGCAGAGGCCACCGUGGUCCCUGGAAGGCCGGCCACUGAAGGGGCUACCCCAAGAGCCGGACGCCACCCAGAGGCCUCCGAAAACAGGCCUGGCUUCAGAGAAUUCUGCGCUGCACCCCGGUUGGUCGGCCGCUGCCGGGCCUCCUUCCUCCGCUGGUACUUUGACCUGGAGAGCCAGACGUGCAAGAGGUUUACCUACGGGGGCUGCCAUGGCAACAAGAACAACUACCUCUCUGAGGAGGCGUGCUGGAGCCAGUGCACAGGGGACGCAGGAAUCACCAAAGAGCCGGGAGACCCAGGCACCCACCCUCGCCUCCCCUCCGAAGCCUUCGGGUUCUCCACCAGAGCCGUGGUCCUUGCGGUCCUUCUGGCCAUCCUGAUGACCUGCCUGCUGGGCUCAAUGGCGGUUUUCUUGGUCAAGAUCUGCCGGAAGAACCCGGAGCUGUCGGUGGGCACGGUGUGGAGCACGCUGGAUGACAAAGAGUAUCUGAUGAGCAAUGCCUACAGCCUCUGAGCCAGGGAGCUGCCUCAGUGGGAAUCAAGGCAGCAUGUAAAUACCGCUGGCUUUGCCUUGCAGGCCUUUGAUGGGGAAACACCCCUCUUUCUCUGGGAACGUCCCCCUCCUCUCCCCCACCCACCCAGUCACCCUUUCCAGCCCACGGGGGAAUGGGCCCAGCUGCUCCACAGGAGUCCAAGAGGAGCUGCGGGCAGUGCCCCCCUUUCAGAGCCAGCGAUGAGGCCGCCUCGCUUGGCCCAGAGCCCCCCGUGUCUUCCCUCUGGUGAACGGGGGCGCUACAUCACUUGGCUCCUCUCAAUGCAGUGGGAGAACAUCUGGGAAUCCCCAGCUGAAGCCGCCGGGGGCUCCCUUGGCUGUGUCCCGCAGAGACCUCUGCCCUGCACACGUUAAAGGGGGGGGGGGGCAGCCGAAGCCCUUUUUCUUCAGGAAAACCUUUGGGCGUUCACACCCCUCUGCUUCUGCAGAAUUCCUCCAAGGCACCUGAGACCCAAAGGUGCUGGCCUCCCUCUCAAGCCAGAGCCAUGCAUUUCUCAGGUAAACGGGAGAACAGGCUGGUGGGGGGGCUCUGCAGCAGCCCUGUGAAACCCCAUUUCCCUGGGUGAAAGGUGUGCUAUGUGUCCCAAAUAUGCCAGUGCAGUGGGCAGAGUGCAAGAGCCCCCAAUCUAGGGGCCAGGGAGGGAGAGAAUCAAGGUGUAAGGACCCUAAUUGCCGUGUGUCCCACCCCCCCUUGGUCUGGGCAGGGGGCUUUGGGCCCCUUAGUUCAUUCCUCAGUGUGUCUUAAGCUCAGCUCUGCUCCAGGACCUUCCCUCCAGUGCCUCUCCCCAUUUCUUUGUGGGGGCUGCCCGGUUUUGCUCUCCAGUGUGCCAGAUGGCUUUCUUGAGAUUACCAGCUGCCAGCAGCCACGGCUGUUGAGGCUCGGCAGUUGGCCGGCAUGGACCGUUUUCCCCAAAGCCUCCCAGAUGAGGCCACCUUUGGCUCACAGGCCCACCGACCACAAACCCCAAUUCCUCUGGCUUGGCCAGGGGAGAGGAGCUGGGGGGGGCCCUGUGGUGACCGAAGGCCUUCGAUCGCCCCUGCGGCUGCCAGCAGUUCCGCUUCCCUUCCUGCCGGGAAAGGGGGCCCUUUCAAGAGCGGCUCCAGCCAGCGCACCUGCUGCAGAGGCAUCUCACUGAGCAAGCUUCCACAUAACCAGCUUUAAAUGGGUUUUAUAUUUUUUUAAAAAACAAAUCAAAACUUGAUUGCAUUAAAUCUGAGGGACUCUUUUAAUUGUGUUUUUAAUAAUGAGUGGACUCUGAAUAAAAGAGUAACUAAA